GAAGCAUGCAAAUUUGCAGGAAACAAAGGGCGCAUAGUACUUAUCGGCGUAAGCUAGCAAAUAUUACCGGCGCAGUAUAGCAAUGUAGAAAACAUAAAGAGAUGAGAGAGAAGAAGAGCAGAAAUGCUGGUGUACAGAAGACACAUACACAUGCGCGCAGUACAACCCACCUCAUAACACACAUUAACACAACCUUUGCUUAUUUUUCUUCUUCUUAACAUAUAAUAAUUUAAUUAAAAACAAUAUAGUAAACGUUACAAACAAUAGUAUUGAGAGUCUCUCCUUAUUCUUCCUCCUCCUGACCCAAACAACAACAAGAUAUACGUACAAACGUAAACUCGCUAUGAGAAAGAGAGAGAAGGAUGUUCUGAGUUGUUGUACCAUGGUGUGUAUGAGAGAGAAGAGAGAAGAAGAAGAAGAAGAAGAAGAGGAAGAGGAAGAAGAAAGGAGGAGGAGGUUUCUAUGUUUGAGACACGGGAUACGAUUCGAGCUUUCGAAGGAGAAGUGGGUUUUGAGUAUCUGUUAAGACUGAAAUAUGGAUCAUAGUGGUGUAGAAGGAACUAACGGAUUACAGGAGCAGAGUACGAGCUGCUUUGAAGUUCCGACCGAAAACGAAGAUGUGAAAGACCCGUUGUCCAAUGGUCUAUGGAAGGCAUGUGCGGGUCGUCAAGUUCGUGUCCCCCUCCGUGGGGAAAUGGUGUACUACUUUCCACAGGGUCACAUUGAACAGGUUCAAGCUUAUGCUAGCGAAGAUGGUAAUGUGGAAAUGCCAAUCUACAAUUUACCCUCUAAGAUCCUUUGCAAGGUCUCUAAUAUCGAGCUAAAGGCCGAGGUUCUAUCAGAUGAGGUUUUUGCCCAGAUCACUUUGCUUCCACUAACAGAUAAGCUUGAGCUAAGUUCAAACGAUGUGGAUAUCACAGCAUUGCCCAAGAAAACUAAAGUAUUCUCUUUUAGCAAGAUUCUCACUCCGUCUGACACAAGCACACACGGUGGAUUCUCUGUUCCUAAACGCCAAGCUGAUGGGUGCUUCCCCCUUCUGGAUAUGUCGCAGCAACCACCGGUUCAGGAACUGGUUGCAAAGGACCUCCAUGGAUUUGAGUGGCACUUUCGUCAUAUAUAUCGUGGUCAGCCAAAACGACAUUUGCUCACUAGUGGUUGGAGUACAUUUGUGUCUGCAAAGAAGCUUGUUGCUGGGGAUUCAUGUAUCUUUCUUAGAGGAGAAAAUGGAGACCUUCGUGUUGGGAUCCGCCGUGCUAUGAAAAGAACUCUAAACCAUGCCUCAACAUCCGUUAUAUCUAGCCAAAGCAUGCAGCACGGCGUUCUUGCCACUGCUUUCCAUUCCUUUUCUGCCUUAGCUUUUAUACAUGUGUACUACCGUCCUUGGACUUGUCCUGCUGAGUUCAUAAUACCUUAUGACGAGUAUAUGAAGUCUGUGGAAAAUGACUAUUUGCCCGGAACUAAAUUUGGAUACACUUUGGAAGGAGAAGAAUGUUCAGAAAAGAGAUAUACAGGAACUAUAAUAGGUGUUGAAGAUCAAGACGGCAUAAGAUGGCCUGGCUCUCAUUGGAGGUGUUUGAAGGUGCAAUGGGAUGCCCAAUCAAGCAUAUCUGUGCUUCCUGAAAGGCUUUCUCCUUGGAACAUCAAGCCAGUUGACUCUACAGACAAGACUGACAUUUUUGUCCGACCUCCACCAAAGAGGAGGCGCGAGCUUGAUCUUCUAUCAUCUGAAUCUCAUAGCUUGGCCACUCAAGCCAAGCAUACACCGCAGAGACUUAAAGAGGUCUUGCAAGGUCAAGAAAUAAGUGUAAGACAUGGCCAGGAGCCAAGUGCACGAAUACAAUCAAUGCUACCAAAAUUUGUUAUGCCACCAAAUCCAGAAUUGAAGCAAGGACAACUGAAAUUUGAAAAACAGCUCCAAGCGCCUUUCUAUCAGUACCCCAGAGAACAAUUGGCAUUUCCUGGUGAAAAAACAACGAAAACAAGCCUCACUAAUAACCAGUGGUGGUCAAUGUGUGCCCCUUAUAGAGGCAGUGAUAGUGCUGCAUUUACUAAAAGCUUUUCAGUUUCAAAUGGAAACUCUGGCCAUUCAGGUUCCCAGGAAUAUAUGACAUUAGGAAAGAAGAGUGGUGAUGGAGCUCCUUGCUAUCCAAAUGACUCUAACAAAUACAUGCUGUUCGGAGUCAAUUUGUUCAAUAGUCAUCAGGAGCUCCCUUCACCACAAGUUACUACAUCUUGUGAGCUGUUAAGCCCCUUUUCCUUUCCUCCAACAUCCCAGUGUAGCAGUGUUUCUGAACCUAUCCAGGUUUCAGACACAUCUAAGAGUGUCUCUGACUUUUUCCCAGAGAAACAAUGCAAUAAAUGCUGCUCAAUCCGUUACAGGAGUUACAUAAAGGUUCUCAAACAUGGAACUGCCCUUGGAAGAACAACGGACCUCUCCAAAUUUGAUGGCUACGCGGAACUCAUAGCCGAGCUUGAUCAGAUGUUUGGUUUCAAUGGAAGCCUGAUAGAUGGAAGCAGUGAGUGGAAAGUGACAUACAUGGACAUUGAAGGAGACUUAAUGUUGUUAGGAGAUUAUGAUUGGCAGGUUUUUCGCUCAGCUGCCCGAAAGAUAUUCAUCUGUCCAAUGGAAGAAAUCAACAAAAUGAAUCCAAGCUCACUUAAAUCCAGUCUGUUAGUUGAUUAAUGAGAUAGUUGGUUUGUUUUAAUGCAAAAGUACUCUUUGAGAACUUGUGCUUAUGCAUAUUACUACAGCUGCGUUUUAUCUUUUAUUAAAAACCUUAAGUGUUUGAAGGGAUAAUUUUAAUUUAGAUUUGUGAUGAUCCAGACUAAAAUUUUGCUGUUGCAUUGAUACUAUAUUCCUUAUUGGUAAUGAUCAAGAAGCUUCAGCAUGAAAUGGCUUUCAUUUCCUAGUACAUAAAA